UAGAGUGUUAACAACUCUAUGCGAUUUUGAACCUAAAUUGAACUCUGAGUUCAUUUUUAUAAUUUAAACAAAAAUGGUUCUCAAAAGCUUAUUUCUAAUUAUAUUGGUAAACAUCUGUUUAGCCACAAUUGAAAAUAAUCCAGGAUCACUUUUGAUCGAAGAUCCGGAACCAACAUCAGAAUCAAAAUCAAUCGAACAUAAAUUCCAUCAAGGCGAUAUUGUUGUGAGAAAUUCAAUCGAUGCAACACCAAGGUACAAAUGUCAUGUUUGCGAUCACUCUGAAUGUAGAAAUGAUACAACGCAUGAUGGUGUUUGCUUGAAUGCUUUAACAUGUUGGAAAUCGAGAGUCAGAGAUGCGACAGGACUUGAACAUGUUUCACGAGGAUGUACAACAAAAACUGAACAUUUACCGCUUUAUUGUUCGCAAAGUAAUAUGAAUGGAGGAGGGCCAAAGAAGCGAGAUGCGACUGGUUUGGGUGUUUACCACAUGGAAUGCUGUACUGGCGAUUAUUGUAACAAUGGUAGCUUUCCUUAUCUACCUCCAUUAAAGACCGAAUUGCCCGAUAUCGUUGUCAACAAUGAUAUCAUCAAACUUUGCAUCGCAAUCUUUGCUCCAAUUAUAAUUAUCGGUUGCUUUGCAAUAACAAUAAUCUUAUACAUGCGAAGAAAUCAUAAAAAGCGGUUAACUGAUGCUAGAAUUCAACGAGAUGCUGACACUUAUUACGCAACCGAUGAUCUGUUGAAGCGAACACAUGCAUGUGGUGACAGCACGUUACGGGAAUAUUUUGAUCAAUCAGUGACAUCAGGGUCGGGAAGCGGACUUCCUUUGUUGAUUCAACGGACAUUAGCUCGACAAGUGACACUGGCUGAAUGCAUCGGUCGUGGACGUUAUGGUGAAGUUUGGCGUGCGGUUUGGCAUGGUGAAAAUGUUGCAGUAAAAAUCUUCUUUAGUCGUGAUGAAGAGUCGUGGAAACGUGAAACUGAAAUUUACAGCACGGUUUUGCUACGUCAUGAGAACAUUCUUGGCUAUAUUGGAUCGGAUAUGACAUCGAGAAAUUCCUGCACUCAAUUGUGGUUGAUUACACAUUACUACCAACUUGGCUCUUUAUACGAUCACUUAAAUCGCGUCACUUUAAGUCACCAUCAAAUGAUAACAAUUUGCCUCUCAAUUGCCAGUGGUUUGGUUCAUCUUCACACAGAAAUCUUUGGAAAACAAGGCAAACCAGCAAUUGCUCAUCGUGACUUAAAAUCGAAGAAUAUUCUGGUGAAAGCCAAUGGACAAUGCGCUAUUGCUGAUUUCGGACUUGCUGUUACUCAUACACAAAAAGAUGGAUCAAUUGAUAUUGGAAAUAAUCCCAAAGUCGGAACUAAACGAUACAUGGCACCAGAAGUUUUAGAUGAAAGCAUUAACAUGGAAUGUUUCGAAGCUCUGCGACGUGCUGACAUUUACGCUAUUGGAUUAUUAUAUUGGGAAGUUUGUCGUCGAACUGUCAGCUGUGGAAUUGUCGAAGAGUACAAAGUGCCAUAUUUUGAUUGCGUUCCUUCGGAUCCAUCAUUCGAAGAAAUGCGUAAAGUUGUUUGCGGUGAAAAUUAUCGUCCUUCGAUACCGAAUCGCUGGUCAUCAGAUCAACUUUUAAAUGGAAUGUCAAAGCUUAUGAAAGAAUGUUGGCAUAACAAUCCAAAUGUUCGUUUACCUGCUUUAAGGAUAAAAAAAUCACUCUUCAAGCUCGCAUCUUCCGAUGAAAAUUUCAAACUUAAUUACAAUGGUGAGAUAUGUGUUUGAUAGAAAUGAUUUUCAUUUGUGCUAAAUGCUAAAUGAAAUGACUACAGUUCAUCUUCGAAAAAAAAAAACAAAAAGAAAAGGAAAGUUUUCAUUUUUUAAGAACAAAACUAUUUGAAACUUUUAAUUGUUUUCUUCUUUCAAAUAUUUCGAGGAAGACUUCUAAUUCAUAUAUUUUUAAGUAUUUUAUUCAUUAAUUAUAAUCAGUGAAGAAUGUUUCGACUACAAGAGAUUUUCAAUUAUGUUGAAACUCGAGCGAAUUCGAGUUAGAUGACUAAAGUUUCAAUCAUAAUGUGUCCUUACAUUUUGCGGUCCCAGAAGUUUAGAUGAAGACUUUAAGAUGACUUUUCAAAUGAGAAAUAUUAUUAGAAUGAAUAAUUUUAUUUACUUAACUACGUAAAUUUCAUUUAAUUGACGUUCAAAUGUUAGAUUUUAACUUUGAUUUACAUAUUUUGUGCCAUUCUCUUAUUAUGGAAGAAAUUUUCUUUUCCUUUAAUGAAAAAACAAAUUUAAUUAAUAUUUCAAGAGUGCGAUUAUGAUAAACUCGGUUUUAAAUUUUAAUAAAUUAAACUAACUAACUAAA